AUGACAGAAAUGAGUACUAUCACAUGUACGAGAUUCGAUUACACAGUUAAAAUUAUUCUUCUGGGAGAUCAUAACGUCGGUAAAAGUUCUUUCUUGGCUGAUCUGGCUUCGGGAUCGAAAGAGUUCGAGUGCCAUUGCAUAGAUUACAGACCUAACGGCCAUGUCGAUUUGGAUAUGUGGAAGCACGGGAAAAGAAUUCUGACCAAAAUUGUGGACACUGGAGGACAAGAGAGGUUUCGCAGCAUCACGGCAUCGUUCUACAGGGGAGCCCAGGGUUGUCUGCUCCUGUUUGAUGCCGAGAAACCGGAAUCGUUUAGCCACAUCUAUAACUGGUACAACGAUUUGGAGAUGUAUACAAACAAACAGCCAAUGUCCAGCUUUCUGGUGGGAAUCAACAUGCAAUCAAAUCAGCGACAGGUACUUCCAGAACAAGCCGAGAAACUAGCCACCCAGCUAGAGAUGCAGCUACACGAACUUAACCUUCGAAAAAAAUCCAGCUCCCUAGAAAUAAUCCACGCCCUGUUGGAUAAAAUCAUCAUCCACGCGUCCCGUUUGCCAUCCUUGACCAUCGACAUCAUGCCCUAUCAGAUCCGGCAACACCUGGCCGAGAUAAGGCUCAACAGCGCAAUAGAUGAAGAUGACGAAGAACGGGGGAAAUUCCAUUGUGCUUGUUGA